AUGAUAGCAUUGAUCAGCCGCAUUAUCGCGUUCACAACUGUGAUUCUAUAUCAUACAGUAUGGCAUGCGCCAACUUACCACGCCAAAUUCUCCAAGAGCAAAGCCUGUCUCUUCAUACAUAUCGGCACCGGACUCUUUGAAAAUCUCCAAUACUGGGUUCUACAAGCUCAGGCUGACCACAAUAAUGUUCUCCCCAACACGAUGGACGUGCUGUUCUGCUUCCUCUGGUCGUGGACCAGUUUCGUCCUUGUGAGAACACUCCGUCGAGGCGAUCCACGGACAACUCGCCCACCCUACCAAGCUGCAGCAUGUCUGCGUCCCAUUGCGACCCUGGCCUCUUACCUGUUCAACAUCCCCAGCCUGCAUACCGCAUCCGUCCAUGCGCUGGACGGUUUCAUCUACACGCGCCUGGCAAUCUUCUUCUUCACCUACACGCCGUACCUGCGGGGAGCAGUCACGUACAGCACCAUUUACGCGAUUUCGCUUCCACUCGCCGCCGCACUGAGUGUUCAUAACAGCCGCGUGCCCGGCGCAUCAUUAGUGUUUAUUCUUGUCAUGGCGUACAUCACGCAGCUGAAUGCGUGGGUGACAUGUAGAUCGAAACGCUUGAGAGAUCCGCAGGCAGGAGCAGACGUGUCAUUGUUGGAGAGAUACUUGGUGAGGGCGUUACGGAGCUUAGGGUUCGCGGAGCUGGAGGAGCUUCGAGAAGUUUCCAAGGAGCGUGCGUUGGAGAAACCGCUGACUGAUGAUUAUAUUUCUGGUACUCAUACUUAG